AUGAACGAGGAGGGCGUGUUUGCGCGCCUCCUCGAGCUGAUACAGGCACUGCGCAGGGAUGAUACGGACGGUGGUGGGGGUCUCCACCGGUUGCUGAUGGACUUGCUAUAUGAAAUGUCGCGGAUUCAGAGGGUCAAGGUUGGAGACCUGGUACUUGUGGAUGACGAUUUCAUUCGGUGUCUUUUCGACAUCAUUGAAGAUUUAUCCUACGAUGUCACGGAUCCGUACCAUUAUCCUGUUAUCCGGGUUCUGCUGGUUCUGAAUGAACAGUUUAUGAUCUCGGCUCACGAUCUAGUUGAUGAACGAUCUUCUUCUAGCCAGUUGACCAACAAGGUGAUCAAGGUCCUGUCCGUGUGCGGAAGCUUGUACAAGACCUUUGGCGAGAAUAUCAUUCUGCUUAUCAACCGUGAAGCCGAGACUUCUCUACAGCUACUUACCCUGAAGCUGCUUUAUCUGAUCUUCACUACUCCUAGCACUUAUGAAUAUUUCUUCACGAAUGAUUUACAUGUGCUGGUGGACAUUUUGAUUCGCAACUUGCUGGACUUACCCGAGGAAGCAUCUGCGCUGCGACAUACAUAUCUUCGAGUCCUGUAUCCGUUGCUGGCACAUACUCAGCUGCGACUUCCACCACACUAUAAGCGGGAUGAGCUCAGGAAAUUGCUCAGCAUCCUCGUUAGGGGACAAGUCUCUUAUGGAAAUGAGACCGAAAGGGAGAAGAUCCCCCACUUCGAAGAGGUUGAUGAGACUACCCGGCGACUCGUUGCUCGGUGUGCGACAGUAGAGUGGCUCCGGAAUGUUAAGCAGCCCGACAUCAGUACUUCUGCGCAAGAGACUCCCACUCAGUUGGUCACGACUACGAUUGACACAGUCCUCGACGAGACGGUCCAGCGAGACUCACCUAUUGAGAUGGAACCAAUCUAUGUGACCCGUACACUCUCACACACCAGCACGAUCCCUGAUUCACCCGGCACAGCAUCGCCAACAAGGAUGGACUCCUUAGACUCGCGUGGCUCGUCCGAAGCACCCGAGUCGCGGCGAAAAUUCAGCGCCGUCCAAAGGCUAGGCAUGCACCUCGAGCCCGCAUCCGCAUCCUCACUCAGCGUGGAAGCUGUUGCCGCGCAACACGAGAAACCCGGCGUCAUCACACCUAGCCGCAAAGACGGCCGCACGAUUGACCUCCUCGCCGAAGCACCUAGCAUCCGCCCACCAAAGAUCAAGCCCGAGCCACCCAAAUCCCGGCGUUGGCGCGGCCGUCGCCUCGCUGUCGAUGAAGAUGACCAAUAUUCACCCGGCACCAGCAGUGACCGCAACACGAUUCCCGAAGGCGUCGAAGUCAGCCCGGGAUCAACACACACCGCACCCAUCACGUCAACGCUUACAAUACCCUCCCCUGUCACGACGGCCGGCAUCACCACAGACCGGCGUAGCUCCGCAACAAUCCCCCACCUCGUACCCCCAGUGCCACUGCACGCGCGCCGCACCGCCUCAAACCCACCUCCGGUCGUCCCCCCACCCCGCCGCUCGACCCAAACAACCCCCUCAACCAGCCACCACCGUCCCUCACCACCCCCAACAGCCUCCAGCCCAGGCCCAGGCACCAGCAAGCACGGACAGAAACCAUUGCCACCGAAAACCCGGCGCUGGGGCCGCGGCAAGGCGCAGGCGCAUGGGCAAACGGACUCUGUCGAGAGCGGGGCCAGCACCGGCUCACAGCCAAAGGAGAGCGAGACGGAGGCUGUGGCGAUGGCUGUCAGCAACGUGCCAGCAGUGCAGACGCCGUGUGAGCAUGCUGGGGCGCUCUCUGAUCCAUUUUCGCCGACGAGCCCAACUAGUCCGACGCUGCUUGUUUCGCCUGAGGUGGGGACGGGGGGUGCGCAGCCGGUUAGUGUGGAGGAAGCGGUGCAGAACGUUUCGUUGCAUUAG